AUGCCACAAUUAAAUCCCGCCCCAUGAUUUGCCAUCCUAAUCUUCUCAUGAUUGGUAUUCCUGACCGUCAUCCCCCCAAAAGUCCUGGGCCAUUCCUUUACCAACGAGCCCACCCCACUUAACGUGAAAAAAGCUAAACCAGAACCCUGAAACUGACCAUGGCACUAA